GAUGAUUAGCAUCUCAAUUGACUGUUUGUUCCUAUGCGCGGUGAAUUUAAGACCAUCACAAAUUUGAUUUGCACAUACAUCAUUCGCAAUGACCGAAGUCUCCUUCACCAGAAGCUUUCUACAAGUGGUAGACUCAAAGCCUAUUAGGUUGCCGUACGACUAUGUUGCCGAUCCAGCCACGACGCGGUUGCCAGUGCCAUACACUCUUCCCCGCCUUCAAUCCCCGCACCCUCCUAUGGCAAAGAAGAUCAAGACUACAGAUGCUCCUGGCUCCGCGAAAUCAGUAACCGUUCAAUUGAAAUCUGCACGGAAUCCUGUUCUCGAAGUAUCGCUAGACAAUGUCCCUCUCACAACAACAAGCAUCCACGACUUGCGCGAAGCAGUACGUCAACGUGUCGUUGCGGCCGACGGAAAAGAACCACCAGCAGCCGAUAAGAUCAAGAUAUUGUAUAAGAAGAAACCCGUUGGUGGAAGCUCUGAACGGACUGUAGCCGAAAUUCUUGUCGAUUCAGAACCUGAACUUCUCAGUGGAGGAAAAACAGUUGAAUUCGGUAUUAUGAUUAUGGGAGGCGCAUCAGUCAAACCUGAAGUCACAGAAUCUCCAACGGGCGCGGGGGCUACAGUAACAGAGACAAGACCAUAUCAAUCGAAACCAGCAGUGGGCGCCAGUGGAUCGGAAGUUCUACAAACAGAGGAUUUCUGGAAAGACUUGGAAGGAUUUCUGGAGCUAAGGACGAAAGAUACUGUAGAGGCACUGAGGUUGUCGGGCAUAUUCAAAAGGGCAUGGAAAGCGGAUACCGCUCAAUCCGAGUCUUGACCACAUCUCUAGCUGUCACGAUAUUGAAUUUAUCCCAAACCAUUUCUCUCAG